GCGAUGCAAAAAUUUCACGCCGCCGUCCGCGUUACGUAAAAAUAGUAGGAGUCGGACGCGAAUCGACGGCGGCGGUUCGGGCACGCGACAUUCGCCGACUCCGCGGCACAGUCAGCAUCUCAUCGACCUGUAGAGACAGUUCAACAAUCAUUUUUUAAUAAACCUAUAUUAAUAAUAAAACCAGUAAUAAUCGUGUCGCCAUAGUGUGUUUUAAAGUGAUAAAAUAUUACAWUAUACUGUUAUAAAGACAGAUUUGAACAACUAUUGUGCGCGUGUCGCGUGUUCGACAUUCGGGUACCGGAAUAAUUCGAAAYAAACKAGAGAAAAUCGCUGCAGUCGUCUCUAUACAACCGGACAGUAAUUUUCGUAAUAUUUCAAUUUUUUUGUGUUCACAGUUUCCGACCACGAUCUGCGUCCGAAUCGUAUAUAAUACAAUAUCUUCGUUUGUGUUUUUUUCCCGUUGAGUUUUCCUAAAUAUACGUUUCGUUUUUUACCACUCGCCUCGUCACUAUUACCGUUUUUUAAAAGUGCGUCUAUCAUAAAACGUAUCCAUUACAUAAUACUAUAUAACCGCAGCCUCAGCCGUCGCCGAUGAGACCUGGUGGUGCCAAGGUAUCCUCCAUAGGUGGGCACCCUGCAGGACUUGAAGGGUCAUGAAAAAUUCCUUCAAGACAUUAUGGAACACCUGGCAAUGGGGAUGUGGCCGAACUAUCAUGUCAGCCGUGGCUGCCCAUGUCAAUUCAAUUUCCGUGGGCAUGUGUCAGGGGUUCUCGGCGGUACUCCUUCCGCAACUCCUCGACUCCAAUAGUUCAAUUUUGGUGAACAACGUGGAAGCGUCGUGGAUAGCCAGUUUAGGGGUUAUAUCAAAUCCUCUWGGAGCGUUGAUGUCAGGAGUUUUCAUGCAGACUUUAGGAAGAAAAACAACAGUUCAAUUGACGUCCAUACCAUUCUUAAUUGGUUGGACAAUAAUUGGAUUGUCUACAGACAUAACGUUUUUAUGUCUGGGUCGAUUUAUAUCAGGAGUUGCUAUCGGUAUGUCAUCAGCUUGUUACGUUUACGUGGCCGAAGUGAGCUUGGCUCAACACCGAGGGGUUUUAUCUUCGUUCGGGCCGAUUUUUGUGUCAAUUGGCGUUCUUAUCGUCUACUCCCUGGGUUCGAUCAUCCCGUGGCAAGUGGUCAGCAUCCUGUGCGCCAUGACGUCGUUCCUGAGCUUCCUGUCUGUGAAUCUGACGCCAGAGUCACCAUCAUGGCUCGCGUCCAAAGGCCGCGUGGCCGACGCUGGCAAGUCGCUGAUGUGGCUGCGCAGGAAACCGUCGCUGGCCGACAAGGAACUGGCCGAGAUCCUGAACAACUUGGGUGACAGCAACGAGUCCGCCGCGCCCACGUUCCGAGACUUCACGGCGCCCGCCGUCUGGAAACCGUUCCUGAUACUGGUGUGCUUCUUCAUUUUGCAGGAGGCCAGUGGCAUAUACAUAAUACUUUACUAUGCGGUCAACUUUUUCCAAGUGGCCGGCUCGACGGUGGACAGCAACGUAGCGUCGAUCGCGGUCGCGGUACUCCGGCUAGUCAUGAGCGUCACCGGGUCCGUGUGCAUACAGCACKUGAAUCGCCGGACGAUGGCCAUGACGUCAGCCGUCUUGAUGGCCGUGUCUAUGGCCGCGUGCGGUGCCUACGAAUCGGCGUACGGCCCGUUAUCGGUCGACGACAGGCCGUACGGUUGGGUGCCGCUGGCGUGCAUCCUGUUCAACGUUAGCGUCAGCAUGCUGGGCAUGGUUCCACUGCCGUGGAUGAUGAUCGGUGAACUGUUCCCACUCAAAGUCCGUGGCAUAAUGGGUGGCUUGGUUCCGUCGCUAGGCUACUUCUUCAUAUUCGUGACGGUGAAAAUGUCACCAAACUUGAUGACCGCGCUGGCCACCGAUCAGAUCAUGUGGCUAUUCGCAGCCGCGGCCACGGUCGCCGCGUGUUUUGUGGCCGCAUUCCUGCCGGAAACUCGGGGCAAGACGCUGCUUCAGAUYGAGAAACUAUUCAGCAGCGGAGAACAUGACACGACCAAAGGCACUGAAUACCUGGAGAAAAAGUUCAAGAUCAACGAUUCUUCAGCGAUGUACACCAUCAGUUCGUUAGUGGACGUAUGUCACAAAUGACUACCGUGAUAUUAGAGGUUAAGAGCGUCACCUACAUACAACUUCAGUGGUGUGUCAUAAAAAUAAACUAAAUCUGCGAUURCGAUCAAAAUAAUUUCGAUUCGGCUAUACGGACUGAAGAGCACAGCCGGACAGGUAACUGCGCAAGAAUUACGUAGUGUGAAUACUACCUCUCUGGACUAUGGUUCACAGCCUAUUUCGUUUUUUUGAUUACUUGUCGAGUGUCGUGUUUUCGCAUGUUAUUAUAUCGGUAUCAGUGGUAUCUAAUUCACAAUGGGUGAACCAGCUACACAUCACCAUAGGCACCACGUAACAUAUUACAAUAUUCAAACUACGAAAAUUUUCAUUUUAAAAAUCACGCGUAUUGUCAAUUUACUAAUCACACACGACACACACACACACACACACACACUUAUUGAAAUAUUUUUUUUUUUUUUAUGGGCAUCAAAAUA